AUGUUCUCACGUGUUUUGAAGCCUGUUGCCUCUGUGGCGGUUCAGAAUGGCGCCAAGACCUUUUCUACUUCAGGCCAGAAUAACUACAAAGUAGUUGUUGCUGGAGCAGCCGGUGGUAUUGGCCAGCCUUUAGCAUUGUUGUUAAAGCAGAACCCCUUGGUUUCUCGUCUAGCAUGUUACGAUAUCGCGCCCGUGACUCCUGGAGUAGCGGCGGAUCUUUCACACAUGGACACUCCUGCCAAGGUCACAGGUCACAAGGGACCUGAGGAAUUGGCAUCUGCCAUUGAAAAUGCUGAUGUUGUUGUAAUCCCGGCGGGAGUUCCCCGUAAACCAGGCAUGACCCGGGACGACCUUUUUAACACCAAUGCUUCCAUUGUUAGAGACCUCGCUCAGUGUGUUGCAUCCAAGGCACCUAAGGCCAUGCUGGCUAUCAUCACAAAUCCUGUCAACUCAAUGGUGCCAAUUGCUUCUGAGGUUUUAAAGAAGGCAGGUGUUUACGACCCGAAACGCGUGUUCGGAGUAACUACAUUGGAUGUGGUCCGUGCGGCUGCUUUCAUCGGUGAAAUCAAUGGUGUGGACCCUCGGUCAGUCACUAUCCCCGUUAUUGGAGGUCACUCAGGUGUCACUAUUAUUCCCCUGCUCAGCCAGAGCCAGCCCGCUGUCAAGCUCUCUGACCAGGGCAAGAUUGAGGAGCUCACCAAGAGGAUACAGGAGGCUGGUACUGAAGUGGUGAAGGCCAAGGCUGGCGGUGGUUCAGCAACUCUUUCGAUGGCAUACGCCGGUGCCAGACUGACCAACGCACUGCUAAGAGGUUUGAACGGUGAAUCAAACGUUGUAGAAUGCGCGUACGUUAAAUCUGACUUAACAGAAGCGGCAUACUUCGCUAACCCCGUACUUUUGGGCAAAAAUGGACUUGAAAAGAAUCUUGGAUACGGAAAACUUAACGCGUACGAGCAGCAACUCCUUAAAGAAGCCAUGCCAGAACUACUUAAGAACAUUAAGACCGGAGAAGACUUCGCUAAGAAGUAA